AUGCUAUUGGCUGUAUCACAGUUUCACGUGCUCGGACAGACAGUUACCCCACCUACCGACCAGAUCCAAGGCCUUGUUGGCCCUCAGAAACGCGUAACACCCCAGCCUAUCCGUUGCGUAGACACGCGUGGAAGUGUUGUUCCCGGACAGUCCGGAGGGGCUAUGUUAGCCAGAAGUUUCGGACCUCCUGACUUGGCCCAACUCUUGGACUCUUCGAAUUCCUCAGGCAUGCGCGCGGUGGCACCUCCGACAUUUCCUUUUACCUGGGCGCAAUCUUGA